AGGAACACAUUCCUCCACAGGGGACAAUUGGCCCCUCAAACCCCCGAAAUCUCCGUUCAGAACUUGUUUAUUUACCGACGAGUAUCGAUAGACCCGCACUUCGAUAGGCAGGCAAUCGAUGGCUAUGCAGCUCUGGCGUCCCAACAUCAAAAAAUUACCACGUGAAGCGAAAUUGUGCGAAUUUCAUCACGACAUUUAAAUUGAUUUCCGGACAUAUAAACAAAAUCCAAAACUCAUCCGGCAGCAGGCUCAGUCAGGCCAGUAAAUCCGAAAAGAGAGCAACCAGCAGGAAAAGAGAAUCCACGUAAAUACAGAGAAAAUGGCUCUACGCGUUCAAUUCGAGAACAACGACGAUAUCGGCGUCUUCACCAAACUAACCAACACAUACUGCCUGGUGGCCAUCGGCGGAUCCGAGACCUUCUACAGCGCCUUCGAGGCGGAGCUGGCCGAGACCAUCCCGGUGGUGCACGCGAAUGUGGGCGGCUGCCGGAUCAUCGGCCGCCUCACCGUGGGCAACCGCAACGGCCUGCUGGUGCCCAACUCCACCACCGACGAGGAGCUGCAGCACCUGCGUAACAGCCUGCCGGACGCCGUGAAGAUUUAUCGUGUGGAGGAGCGCCUGUCCGCGUUGGGCAACGUUAUCGCCUGCAAUGACUAUGUAGCCCUGGUGCACCCGGAUCUGGACAAGGAGACCGAGGAAAUCAUUGCAGAUGUGCUCAAGGUGGAGGUCUUCCGCCAGACCAUCGCCGACAACUCACUGGUGGGCUCUUACGCCGUGCUGAGCAACCAGGGUGGCAUGGUGCAUCCCAAGACGAGCAUUCAGGACCAGGACGAGCUGUCGUCCCUGCUGCAGGUUCCCCUCGUGGCCGGAACAGUGAACCGGGGCAGCGAAGUGCUCGCCGCCGGCAUGGUGGUCAACGACUGGAUCUCCUUCGUGGGCAUGAACACCACGGCCACAGAGAUCUCGGUGAUCGAGAGCGUCUUCAAGCUAAACCAGGCACAGCCCGCCACAGUAACGACCAAGCUGCGUGCGGCCCUCAUCGAGGACAUGUCCUAAGCGAAACUGUUCGCACUUUCUACUUGAUAUAAGGAUUAUCUGUUAUCUUCUACAUUUCAUUUAAGAAAUACAAAAAACGAAACAAAAACAAA